UUUGAAUUUAACAAGCGAACGGGGGUGGAAAGCGGAGAAAGCAAUAACGCGACGCUUGUUUGUUUCGCCAUCGCUUGGUGCAAUUUGAAAACAGUUUUUAACUUAAACUUAAAACCCGAAAAACGCCGCUCCAACAACGGCUGCGGAUCACGAUCACGCGGAUCAAGCAACACGGAAUGGCCAGACCAAAGGGGAAGGCGGCCGAGAAGGCCAAACCAAAGGCAACGGUUGGGAGAAAGCCUCGGGUGGCCACCAAAAAGUCCAGCAAAGAUGUUGAGAAGGAGAACGAGGAUCAGGGCGUGGCGGCGACCACAUCCUCCACAUCCCCGGAAGUCAUGUACUCGAUAAUGCGACAGACCGAACUCAAGGAAUCUCUACACAAGCGCUACGUGAAGGAGAUGCAGCAACUGUACACAAAGAUGGGCCACGAGCACUUCCAGCAGGUCUUCAUCAACGUCCUGAAGGCCGUUCUCGAAGCGGAGGAGGGCAACGAGAAUGCCACCAUGGCGCUGAACUUCUGCGCCAACUUCGUCACGACUCCCACCGAGGAUCGCACGGAGCCCAUGCUGGCCGAGACCUUCCGCUGGCUGCUCACGACAUAUUCCAGCAAUCCGCACAUACGCUACCGCAUCUGCUACUUUGUGAAUCUCAUACUCAAGGAACUGGGGCCCAAUGCCGCCUUGGAUGACAAUCAGUGCGAUGAUAUCCUGGACGGAAUGCUGGACCGCGUCAAGGAUGUGUCCGCCAGUGUGCGCAAACAGGCCGUGCUGGCCAUGCAGCGUCUUCAAAAUCCGGACAAUCCCAACGACCCUGUCGUCUGCGCGUAUCAGUAUCACCUCACCGCCGAUCCCUCGCCCAAUGUGCGCCAGUGCAUCAUCACGUGCAUGGGCCGGAACUACAUCACCAUUCCGCACAUACUGCAGCGCCUGUGGGACGUCGAUGAGAAAGUGCGCCGCCACACGUAUGUGAACAUGUGCAACUACCCAGUGCGCUCCUACAAGGUGGCGCAGCGCCUCACACUGCUAGAGCAGGGUCUGAACGACAACUCGGCCACCGUGCGCAAAACGGUGGUCAACUACAUGCUUAAGACGUGGAUCGAGUCGUACCAGCACAACUACAUCGCCCUCACGGCGGCCCUUAAGCUGGACUCCAACGAGGAGGAGCUGCUGCGCUUCCGGCGUGUGGCCAAGCAAAUGCUGAGAGUGAUUUUCGACCAGACAGACCACCAGAAACUCAUCGAACAGCUGCCGUUAAGCGACGACUGUGAACUGCAUCGCUGCAUCCCACACGAUUUGCUGACCGUGGAGCUGCUGCUAUACUGGCAGUGUCUCAGCGAGUAUCUGGAGAUGGAGGCGCCCGAAACGGAGCCCGUUCUGCCGGAACUCAGUGUCUUUUGCAACUAUAUGGAUAAAUUCUGUCAGUUUCAAAAGCCCGACAUGGACAAGUUCGCCCAGGUCGAGUUUCAAAACAUGCUGCUCUCGCUGGUGGAGAUACUGGAGUCGUACGAUCUGGGCGACGAGAUCGGACGAGGAAAUAUGCGCUUGCUGAUAUCAAACCUGCUGAAGGACUGCCUCUUGGACCACAAGAUCGUGUGCGUGCUGGUGCGCUGCAUGGAGCAACUGAUCACCGACAUGAACGAUCGGAUGCAGUUCUUCAUCGAGAUCGUCUACGAGCUGUGCGAGCUGAACACCAAGCAGAAUGAGCUGAUACACGACCGCAGUUUGAUCAAUAAGUUGCUGGACGACUUGGACACGCCGCUGAAGAUGAAGAUAUCCUCUCUGAAGGUCAGGAUUCUAGAGAUGGAGGAGCAGGAGGACAACUAUGUGCGCCAGAAGGAAUACAUACGGGCGCAGUCCGUAAACGAUGAGAAGAUGGCUGUCACCGAGGAGUACACGGAGUUGAUUCGCCCUCUCCUGGAGCGAAACGGAGUGCUUGAGGUGCCCGCCCGCCCAAAGCUGUCCAAGCAGGAACGUGUGCUGAAGGGCCUGUACAUCUGCUACUACAUGACCGCCUCGCCGCAUGUCGACAAGCUGACGCCGAGCCUUUGCCAGCUGUACAAGGACUUCAUAUGUCGCUAUCUUCCCUGCGCCGAGGUGGAUAUUUUCGAGUGGGCCAUCAAGUGCGGCACCACCUUUAGCAUGUUUUAUGAGGCAUACUGCAAGGAGGUCUUCGAGGUGGUGGUGGACCAGUUCUGCAACAACAACAUCGUGCGGCUGUGCGAAACGGCGGCCAACUGCAUGCUGGAGCUGCUGGAUCGCUACGGCGUGGACUACUUCAACGAUCUUAACCAGACCGGCGGUGCGCAAGUGUCGAAGACGAAGCGACGACAGCUGUACACCAUGCAGGAUCUCUACGAUGACGACGAUGGCACCCAGUCUCAGAACAACGAGCAGAACAGCGAUAUCAUCAUGGUUAUGGGACACUACGUGGAGCGAGUGCAGAACAAAGGCGUUGGCUUGGCCAUCGUUCGCGGUCUGUGCCGCUUGGUGCUCCGCGGUCAUCUUGACGAUCGAACGGAUGUGAUGGAGCAGCUGCUGAAGCGAUACUUUAACCCGAACACCGAGCCCAUUAUCAGCCAAGUGCUGGGAAUGUUCUUCGAAGAACUGAGACGCCUCAACAAGCAGAAUCUCUUGCAGCCGUGUUUUCUGCCCACAGUUUGGACCAUCAUGAACUGCAGCUUUGACUCGCCGCUUAACGGCGUCCAGCCCGAAAACUUAACCAAGUUCUUCCUCGAAAUGACAGUGCAAGAGAUCAGCACGCCCCAAACGAAUAUCCACAACAAAAUGGCUAUAAGUUUUCUGCAAUAUAUUCAGAACUACUUCACGGAACGCAAGGAAAUGUGCCGUCUGCUAGCCAAGGAGCUUACGGCUUUGUCAAUAAACGUUUUCAACGGAUCGGAGAUUAAGACUGAAAUGUUCGAACUGGCGGACAAACUGAUAGCUAGCGACUUGGAUCCCCGCGUGAUAAAGAACAUUGAGAACUUCAAGCUGGCGGUGAACGGUAGCUUCAAUCCGCCCCCUCGUCAAAAUCCCGGAGAAGGCGAAAGCGAUGAGGAGUGCGAUACAGCCACUGUGACAACUGCGGAGUUGGAAACUGAAGUGCCAGCACAGUCAGCCCCUCCAGUUCCCGAAGAUACGACUCGUGAGGUAACUCAAACCUCUGCUUCAGAAACUCAGCAAAGCGAAGCAUCGGUACAAGAAGCUCCUGAAACUCCAAGACCAGUCGAACCAGCAGCGCCAACGCCCGAGCCCAUCGUAACUACUUAUGGAAAGGAUAAUAUUGUCGGAAUACGUCACCUGCGUCGAUCCAUGGCCAUCAGCCAUUCGGAAGCCGAAAGCUUAUUAGGUCCACAAACGCCCGAACCGGAGGAAAAAACUGAAACGGAGGCCGCAGAGACAUCCAGGCGAAAUUUACGACAGCCGCAGAUAAGACGUCGCCUUGAAAUGGCGAUGGCCAGGUCGUCGAAGACACCAGAAAAACGGGUGUCUAGUGAAGAGGAAUCGUCCGACGAGGAGAUUUCUGAGAGUCCAACCGUGACAAAUAGGUCAAACGAUUCGGAGGUAAUCGAAGCAUCGCCCACAGCCGCCUCACCCAGUCCGAAAAGUGCACCGGAUGCCAGCCAUCUACGCGUUCGAUCGCUGCGCAACAGAAAAGCGGCCAGCAAUUCUAUAUCCCAGACAACACCCAACCCAGUUAGCAAACGAAAAGUCCUGCAUCUGGAGACGCCUUUAAGAAACGGCCGGAAAAGAGUGCUGAGACGAACUCCGUCAGAUCCCAACUCCCGCUCCGUGCAAUCAAGUGAAUCGACAGCUCCAUCACCGCCCCGCGAUUCACCGCUGCGAAAGCAACCGUGUCUGGACAACAGGAGUUCCCGGCGACAGCAGAUGACCAAAAACACGAACAGUCCCACGGACAGCACGUCGUCGGUCAAGGAGAACCAAGUCCCUCCCGCGGUCGUUGUACAAUCGGACUCCGAAAUAGAGUCUAGUUCUGAAUCUGAACCCGAAACUGCAAAUGCACCAGAGCCAAGGCCUACCAAGUCCAAGAAGCCAAUCAAUAAGGCGUUGUCCUUAAUCCGAUCCCGCCCCAGUUCCAGCACCCCAAAAGUCACCACGCGAAACGAGGCGCGGGCACAGCGGAUCAAUUCCAUGUGCAUGACCCGGAAACGGAUGUCCCUCGAGAUGAACCUCAGUGGCGGCCAGCUGCAAGUGUCCACGCCAAAGCGCGUGACGCGGGCCGUGGCCCUGACCAUGAGCAUGGACGGCAAGCGCGGCGGCAGGCGGAAAUAGCGCCCAACUGGAUUCACCCUGACCAUUUCCCGUUGUGUAUUCUGUGUUCGUUCGUUAGAGUUAAGUUGUGUUGCCGUUUCUUUGUGUAAAAUAUGUGUAAAUUUUAUAGUAGUUUCAAGUUUAAAUAAAUCGUUAAAUAAUUUAACACAAAUUCAAUAAA